CAGAGUCCGACCUCGACGCCAACAAACCGCAGAACCCACCGCGAUCCACGAUGCCGCCGCCUUCACCUUCGUUCCCGCUCUCGCCGCCGCUGUCGCCCGCGUUCUCGCCCUCUGCCUCGCCUCCGCCCUCGUCCUCCGCCUCCUCCUCACCGUCGUCAUCAUCGACGUCGCUCGCUAUCAAGCCCAGGUCGCCGCAGAUCCAACGCGAGAUCACAAUGCAAAAGCAGCAGCAGAAGACGCAGAAGCAGCAGCAGAAGCGUGCUCGGAAGAUGUCGCUUGCCGGGCGGGUUAGUGACAUGCUCGUCUCGCUGCUCGUGCCGCUGGGUGCUAGGCAGUCGCUCAUGCACACGUCGCUCGUCCAGCUCGCGGUCUUCCACUUCUACCACACAAUCCUCAUCUUCCUGCACAUUCUCGUCGCGGUCGCGACGCUGGCCGUGCGCCAGUAUUACACGCUCAAAAACAACUUCAUGGCAUUCCUCUACCAUCACCACCGCACGCCGCAGCUGAUUGCCCAGGACGUGCAGGGCCUCGCAAAGACGCCUCGCACGGUCGCCGUCGUGCUGACCUACCGAGAGUCAGAGGAAGGCGGCGGGAUCGACGGUCUGCUAGAGCAAGUCGCCGACGUUGCCUCCUGGUCUAUCGGCGCGGGCGUCAAGCAUCUCUCGGUCUACGAACGGACCGGCCAGCUGCUGGAUCUCCACGAGACCGCGCUGGCGGUCAUCGAGCGCACGCUUGUUACUUACUAUGGCGACUCGCGGUUGCCCACCGUGCGUCUCUACACGCCGCGCACGAAGACGUACUUUCCGGCAGAGGAGCCCGAUAAGGUCGACCUUGACAUUUCGUUUGUCGCGAAGGACGACGGUCGCGGGUUCCUUGUCGAGCUUACGCGGGAGUACGCUGAGUCGGCGGCGAGAGGGGAUAUGGAUCCAGAGGAGAUCACCGUCGAUCUUGUCGACAGGACUGUAGUUGAGCGCGUGAUUCCUGAACCGGAUCUGGUGGUUAUCUUUGGCCCGAAGCUUGUCUUGGACGGAUUCCCGCCAUGGCAAGUGCGUCUUUCAGAGAUCUACUAUGCGAGAUACAACAACUCGGUAACGUACAACGUCUUCCUUCGCGGCAUCAGACGGUACGCGAACUGCAAGAUCAAUGUUGGAAGAUAGACCUUUACGAGAUCAAAAUCACUAGAGGGAUGGUUAGACGACAUGUGCUGGGGGGAUAUUUGACAUGACGAUUUUAUAUAGCUUGUUGCGGAGUUUUGCUGGUUCUAUGUUAGUAUAUUUGCUGUUACUUUUAUGCGAGAGAGAGAGAGAGAAGGAGAAAAGAGUUGCUUGGUUAGAUGGGGGAGGGUUAGAAGGGAGUGAACGGGAGGAGAGGAUAUGUUCAGAUUGCAUUGUAUCAAUUUAGCUAUUUACAUUGAACUUGUAGGUUGUGUAUGUCGUGGACGUAGCUGUGUGUAAAAAGAGGAAUUGCGAUAGAAUAGAGAAAAUGAU